UGAUAAAGCGAUAGAUAAACCCCGAGCAGGUCGGGUCGGGGCCCCCUCCCAAAUUCGCCUACCCGCCCGCCGGCAGCCGCGCCGUCGCACCCUGCCCCGGCUCCUCGUCUCUGCCGGCACUGGGCAUCCGGCUCGGACUGGGUUCCCCUCUCCUUGCUACGCCCGCCACCGGAUUCAGACAUGGGAGAAGGUGGAGAAGAGAAAUCAUUCAAUUUCCUACAGGUUUUGCUCGAAGGCAGCAUAGCUGGAGGAACCGCUGGUGUUGUGGUUGAAACAGCACUGUACCCAAUUGACACGAUAAAAACCAGGCUUCAGGCUGCUCGAGGUGGAAGCCGAAUUGAAUGGAAAGGCCUCUAUUCUGGAUUAGCUGGAAAUCUUGCUGGUGUUCUCCCGGCUUCUGCGAUAUUUGUGGGAGUGUAUGAACCUACUAAAAGAAAACUAUUGGAGACACUUCCUGAAAAUUUGAGUGCUGUUGCCCAUUUUACUGCUGGGGCCAUUGGAGGUAUCGCUGCUUCUCUUGUCCGUGUCCCUACAGAGGUGGUGAAACAAAGAAUGCAAACUGGUCAAUUCAAGAAAGCACCUGAUGCUGUUCGCCUCAUUGUUGCUAAAGAAGGAUUCAAAGGGCUAUAUGCUGGUUAUGGUUCCUUUCUACUUCGAGAUCUUCCAUUCGACGCCAUUCAAUUCUGCAUAUAUGAGCAACUUCGAAUUGGUUACAAACUUGUGGCGAAGAGGGAGUUGAAUGAUCCAGAGAAUGCACUUAUUGGUGCUUUUGCUGGUGCCAUUACUGGAGCUAUUACAACGCCCCUUGAUGUCAUGAAGACAAGACUGAUGGUUCAGGGACAAGGAACUCAGUACUCAGGAAUUGUAAAUUGUGCUCAGACCAUCCUAAGAGAGGAAGGCCCUAGGGCUUUCUUGAAGGGCAUUGAGCCGCGAGUUCUGUGGAUCGGCAUCGGUGGGUCCAUCUUCUUUGGUGUGCUGGAGAAAACCAAGUCUAUGCUAGCUGAGAGGAGGAACCGCGAGCUACGGGCUAUCAAGGACGAAUGAGGGAAGCUCGGUUGAUUGAUUUACAUUGCAUCUGAAUUUCUUUUUGCCGAUGAAUCUUCUGUGUAACUAGAUAUACAAAAUAAACAGUUUUCUAGUUGGUCCAUAGCAUUUUUGUAAAACACUUGUUUCAUAAAUCAUCAUAACGCAUCAACAAUGGAGGUGGUUGGUUGCGUCU